CUCGAGUCAUAGUCGUCAUUUGGCUUGUCUCCCGCGACGAUGAGCUUGCUACGAGGCGCAUCGUCGGCGUACCGACAUAUUCCUCGUAUAUCUCUCCGAUCCUUUCACACCACCGUUCCUCGUCUUGUCAAAGCGACUAACCCUAUUCGUGCAGUCGCGGCCCCGGCAGUUGGAAAUUACUCUCCCAAGGAUAAUGGGAAUGCACCCAGUUCUCCCUCAGAAAUAGCAAGAAGAAUAUCAGCCAAGGUUCUGCCCAAACUUCCUCGACCCAAAGUUAAGAAAGUGGUGGUUGUUGGUAGUGGAGGUUUAAGCAUUGGACAGGCCGGUGAAUUCGAUUACUCUGGAUCUCAAGCAUUGAAGGCUCUCAGCGAGGAAGGUAUAGAUGCCGUGUUAAUUAACCCUAACAUUGCUACUUGGCAAACGUCCCACCAACUGGCUUCCGAAGUCUACUUUUUACCCAUCACUGCCGACUAUGUCGCCUACGUGUUGGAAAAAGAGCAGCCAGACGGUAUCCUUCUCACUUUCGGUGGCCAGAGCGCUCUCAACGUCGGUAUCGCUUUGGAUAAGAUGGGGAUUCUUGAACGGCUUGGAGUCACAGUUUUAGGGACACCUAUCCAGACGCUUGAAGUUUCUGAGGAUCGUGAUCUUUUUGUACAGGCACUCAAGGAAAUCGAUAUUCCCGCGGCGAAAUCAACAGCCGUCUCCUCUGUUAAUGCAGCUCUUGCGGCAGCAGAAACCAUUGGCUAUCCCGUCAUUUUGCGAUCUGCAUUUACGCUGGGUGGUCUCGGAUCUGGUUUUGCCAAUGACCCGGAUGAAUUGCGCGACUUAUCUGCGAAGAGCCUUAGUUUGAGUCCCCAGGUAUUGAUUGAGCGUAGCAUGAAAGGCUGGAAAGAACUCGAAUACGAAGUUGUUCGUGAUGGUGCAGAUAACACGAUCAUCUGUUGUAACAUGGAAAACUUCGAUCCUCUAGGAACGCAUACCGGAGAUUCGAUCGUCGUUGCUCCCUCGCAAACACUGCCUGAUGACGAAUACCACAUGCUUCGAAGUGCAGCCCUUAAGGUUAUUCGUCAUCUGGGCGUCGUGGGUGAAUGCAACAUUCAAUACGCUCUUAAUCCGACAUCCCGAGAGUACUGCGUUAUCGAAGUCAAUGCCCGAUUGAGUCGUUCAAGCGCUCUGGCAUCCAAAGCGACCGGUUAUCCUCUCGCCUACACAGCCGCAAAGAUUGCUCUUGGUUAUACGCUUCCUGAACUUCCCAAUGCAGUCACCAAAACGACAACGGCUUGCUUCGAACCGUCUCUUGACUAUAUUGUUACGAAGAUUCCGAAAUGGGAUUUGGCUAAAUUCUCGUCUCAGGUCAAUAGGGAGGUUGGAUCGGCCAUGAAGUCAGUUGGAGAAGUCAUGGCUAUUGGUCGGACCUUCGAGGAAAGUUUGCAGAAGGCCAUUAGGCAAGUCGACCCACGGUGGAAAGGUUUUGAGGCAUAUGUCUCUCCCGAGGAUUUGGAUAAGGCCCUGUCAAAACCCACGGACAUGAGGCUAUUCGCUAUUGCAUAUGCUAUGUAUAACAAGGGCUAUACCAUUGAUCAACUCCAUGACUUGACCAAGAUUGACAAGUGGUUCCUCCAUAAGAUCGACAACAUUGUCCAAACACAUCAUACUCUGAAGGCGACUGGAUCAAUUGAAGCUAUAGGCCAUGACCUUAUGACUCGUGCCAAACGCAUGGGCUUCUCCGAUUCCCAGAUUGCGGAUUUGGUCUCAUCUACUGAAGAUGUUGUUCGAAGGGCCAGGAAAUCUCUUGGGAUUACACCCUUCGUAAAGCGCAUUGACACUCUCGCUGCCGAGUUUCCGGCUAACACCAACUAUCUGUACACAACGUACAAUGCCUCAGAACAUGAUAUCGACUUUGAUGAACACGGAACCAUGGUUUUGGGCAGUGGAGUCUAUCGAAUCGGCAGCAGCGUCGAGUUUGACUGGUGUGCCGUCACCUGUGCCAGGAAACUGAGGGACAUGGGCAAAAAGACGGUCAUGAUCAACUAUAAUCCUGAGACCGUCUCGACAGAUUUUGAUGAAGCUGAUAGGCUAUAUUUCGAAGAGCUUGGAUACGAACGUGUCAUGGAUAUUUACGAGCUUGAGCAUGCCCAAGGUGUAGUCGUCAGCGUUGGUGGUCAACUCCCGCAGAAUAUUGCCUUACGACUCAAACAAAAUGGCGUCAAUGUUCUUGGAACGGAUCCAGAACAAAUUGACAACGCGGAAGACCGUCACAAGUUCUCCUCUGUACUUGACAGUAUUGAUGUUGAUCAGCCUGAAUGGACCGAAGCGACCUCUUUGGACUCUGCCAAGGCCUUUGCGGCUAAAGUUGGAUACCCUGUCCUUAUUCGCCCUUCAUACGUGUUGUCUGGUGCCGCGAUGAACGUGGUCUAUGAGGAGGUGACUCUUGAGUACAACCUCUCUGCUGCUGCUUCAGUGUCACCUCUCCAUCCCGUUGUCAUUACCAAGUUUAUCGAUGACGCUCAGGAAAUUGACGUUGAUGCAGUUGCCCACCAAGGUAAACUCCUGGUCCACGCUGUUUCUGAGCACGUCGAGAACGCCGGCAUCCACUCAGGCGAUGCGACUCUCGUUCUUCCUCCCUUCUCUCUUACGGAACAGGAUUUGGCCCGCUUGAAGACAAUCGCUGAAAAGGUCGCACAAGCUUUCCAAAUUUCCGGACCGUUCAACAUGCAGAUUAUCAAGAAAUCAGCCAAUUCUCCCGAUGAGGAAGCUGCACUUAAAGUUAUCGAAUGCAACCUCCGAGCAUCCCGCUCCUUCCCCUUCGUAUCCAAGAUUCUCGGUCACAACUUCAUCGACACGGCUACCACUGCUAUUGUUGGUGAAAAUGUUCCUGAACCAGUGGAUCUUAUGAAAGAAAAGCGUGACUAUACUUCUAUCAAGGUCGCUCAAUUUUCUUGGACUCGACUGGGCGGUGCUGAUCCUUUCCUCGGCGUCGAAAUGGCUAGCACAGGUGAAGUAGCAAGUUUCGGGAAGGAUAUCCAUGAAGCAUAUUGGGCAUCACUGCUCAGUACAACAGGGUUCAAAGUUCCCAAGGCCGGAUCAGGAGUCCUCAUCGGAGGAGAUGUAUCUCGCCCAGAGAUGGCUAGUGUCGCUAAGCAAUUGCUUGACCUCGGCUUCAAACUCUACUGCUCCUCGACUGUGGUGGAAGAAUUCCUCAAUGAUAUUCCAUACGUCACGGCCAAACGUAUAUUCUUUCCUACUAAGGACAAACGAAAACUGAGGGAGGUCUUCGAUGAAUACGAAAUCCAAUGUGUCAUCAACCUAUCCAAGUCUCGAGGACUAACUUUCACUGAUGAGGAUUACGUAGCUCGCCGAAACGCCGUCGACUUUGGAUUGCCUCUGUUGAAUAAUGCUCGGACUGCUCAAUUGUUUGUCGAGAGCUUGGUGAAAAAAAUACCACAGGGUGGCCUGAGGAGUUACACGGAAGGACGAAUACCCAGUGAAGUCAAAUCUUGGCGGGAGUUUGUUGGAAAGCGAGCAUGAUUGCUCAUUGCUCGAAAAAGGUAUCAAAAGGAACAUUGCAGUUCCAUGUAUUUUAUACUAUAGACCACGAUUUACUUCUAAUCUGUAUGCUGGCGCUCAAACUCUACGAGCCAGAUCUUCCGACGUGCAUAACUGAUCCAGAUCCAGCUCUUGUCGUUCGGUGCCCGCUCUUGAAUGAUCACUGUGAUCCGCCUCGCGAUCGAAUGCAAAUUUCUUCCCCGCCG